AAUUACAAUAGUACAUUCGUUUUUGCUGGAAAUCAUAACUAUUAUACAAUAUACAAAUAUCGCCAAAGUAAAACAAUAGACACAAGUAUCGCUUUUGAUUUUUAAAAUGCUAGAAACUGUUUGUUAAACAUCUCCCGUGUAUGCUGAACUUCGGUCGCCUUGUGUUCUUUCCAAACUUAGUAAAUGCCGAAGAAAAAAGGCUUCAAAAAGAAUACAAAUGCAGAUUUUACCAUAAAUGAUUGUGCCAACGCUCCAAAAGCGGUGGGCCGAGUAAAAAAGGCAACACCAACAGAGGCUGUCACCCCAGAACUGACCUGGGAACAGAUGGUUGAUGAUUUUGACAUAAUUGAAGAGGUUAAUGCUGACGGAACAAAAAGCUUUGUAUAUAAAAAGAAAAGAAAUCAUUCCAAGAUGGAAGACAAUAUAGAAGACCGCCCUGGUGUGGUAUAUCCAGAAAUAGUGUGGUAUCUAAUAUCCCGGUAUAUAAAACCGGAUGAUAUUGGUGCAUUUGCCAGAAUUAAUAAAGCUACUUAUGCUAUAACAAAGCGGGAAUCAUUUUGGAGAACAUUAUACCAGAGGUAUUGCCAAAAUAACCCUAAAUUACCUGAGAAGUUAAAGUUAGAAAAUGGUUAUAAAUUGUAUGGUUUACGUCAGAGAGUAAUAAGGGCUUUAUAUCAUACUUAUGAUGUCUUCAUUAAGAAGGUAUUGCAGCAGGCGGCACAUGAUAGUCGACCGCAUUUGCUGGUCAAACGACGUUGCGUCAACAUGUGGUACUGCAAAGGUUCCGCACACUGGUCUAUAUAUUUCAAAUUUAGGAGGCCAUGUCUCUUACCCAGGAUUGAGACUAAUAUUAUUGAAGAACUGGGACGGAUUGAUGCCAAUCCGGAGGAGGAUAACCAAGUACUGCAAGUAACCUGCCAAAAUUUCUACGAACUACCGCCGCUUAUGGGUAUGACGCUGUCAUCCGUGAGUGUUCAGCUUGCACAGGGAUUCCGCCACCAUAGGUUACAUCUUGGCUUCAACACUGGUCACCACAAUGUAUCGCGAAAUAUAUUCCCGGAAUGCACAGUCGUAAUAGACAAUGUCAUUAAUAUUUUAGUCUACGAUUGGUGGCACCCCAAGUACCCUUAUUUUGAAACCACACUACCACUAAAUAAAGGAGAUGAGGAGCAAGUUCCAGUGUUAAAAAGGGACUUUUUUGCAAACGAAGAAAUGUAAUUAUUGUAAAAAGUAUGUACGUGAUAUUAAAAAAAAUAUUUUAUU